AUGAUAACCCACCAUCCCUCUCUGCUCCGCCCAUCUAUCCUCACCCUCCGGGCCGUCGUCCUCGGUCGGCGCCCAACACUGAACGCCUUCCUGUCCACAACCGUCGCCUCCGCUACGCCGCCUCUCCGCUUACGGUGUCUGCGCGCCACCGCCCGUGGAACUUCGCCGGUCAGUGGCGAUGGAGGCAAACGCGCGGUGCCGCCUCCCACGCUUGGGGCCGCCCUGCUCGGCUUUGUGCGUAGCAACUUCCUCCCGCUUGCUCUCAUCGGUGGGAUCAUAUUGGGUCUUCUAGAUCCUACUCUUGGAUGCCUUGCUCACAAAUACUCCCUGUCAAAGUACAGCACUUUUGGGAUAUUCGUUAUCUCAGGACUGACCCUGCACACUAGGGAGCUUGGUGCAGCGUUAGAAGCUUGGCCUGCUGGACUAUAUGGACUAGGAUCUAUUUUGCUGUUUACACCCUUUCUUGCUCAGUUUAUUAUGCAAGUUCAGUUCUUCCCUCGUGAAUUUAUCACUGGGUUAGCUAUAUUUUGCUGCAUGCCAACAACACUAUCAAGUGGAGUCACACUAACACAGCUUGUUGGCGGUAACUCUGCACUUGCUCUUGCAAUGACAGUUGCAUCCAAUUUACUUGGCAUUAUCAUUGUACCUCUUUCUCUUGCAAAAUACAUUGGCGCUGGUGUUGGGGUUUCCUUGCCUACUGAGCAAUUAUUCAAAAGUCUGGUCACCAGUCUUCUGAUCCCUCUUAUUAUAGGGAAGGUUGCUCGAGAAACCUCAAAAGGUAUUGCUGAUUUUGUUGAUGGAAAUCGACAAGGCUUUUCAGUUGCAAGUGCUGUUCUCCUCAGCCUAGUCCCAUGGAUUCAAGUAAGUAGAUCAAGAUCACUGAUCUUAUCUGUUCAAGGAAAAUCCUUUGCUGUUGCCGUUACUAUUGGAGUGCUUCAUCUUGCUCUGCUGGCUUUCAAUGCUGCAAUGUUGGAGAUCUUGUCACGUCUUGAACAAAAAGGGGAGUCAGUCUUUGCAAAGAAAGAGUACGCACGAGCUGUCAUUUUGGUGGCUAGUCAGAAAACGUUGCCAGUGUUGGUUGCUGUGGUUGAGCAGCUUGGAGGAGCGUUCGGGGAGUCUGGAUUUCUGGUCAUCCCUUGUGUUGCGGCACACAUUAACCAGAUCAUUAUUGAUUCUAUCAUAGUAAAUUGGUGGCGCCAGAAGGAUCAACAAUUUACUUCUGCAAAGUAA